AAGCACCAUUACAGCUUUUGGGUGAUGCUUCUCCAUUUUAGGUACUGCUUCCGAUUCAUAUAAAUAAGCGAUUAAGUGGUUGAGGAGACAUAAAUCAACUCUGGCUACUGUGCAGCAAACAGCACUCGAAAACAGCUCAAAAAUCUUGAAAAUGAAAUUCUUCGUCGCCAUUUCCUUCGCUUUGUUGGCCUGCGCCGCGGCUGAUGUCUCCCACUUACAAAGUGGCUAUGAUUAUCCUGCACCCGUGCAUGAGGAGGUUAGGUCGGAACCGAUCGCACCUUUAGCUCCAGGACCAGUUAUUCCAGCACCGCAAAACACGUACGUGCCACCAGCAGCAGCUCCAGCACCAGUAGCUCCUGCACCAGUAGCUCCAGCUCCCGUAGCACCGCAAAACACUUACAUUCCCCCAGCACCACAAGCGCCUGUAGCUCCAGCAGCACCGAUCCCCGUGGAUGUAAGAUCGGAGCCAAUUGUUCCAGUACCAGUACCAUCGGAGCCGAUAGUGCCGCAGAAUACUUACAUUCCACCAGCACCACCAGCGCCCCCAGCACCAGUUCAUGAAGCUGUGCACUCGCACCCAAUUGCUCCUCCUCCACCACCACCACCACCAGCCCCAAAAAACACCUACAUUCCACCAGCCCCACCAGCGCCAGUGGCUCCAGUUCAUGAGGCCGUGCACUCGCACCCAAUUGCUCCUCCUCCACCACCACCAGCACCCAAAAAUACUUACAUUCCACCUGCACCACCAGCCCCACCAGCGCCAGUGGCUCCAGUUCAUGAGGCCGUGCACUCGCAUCCAAUUGCUCCUCCUCCACCACCACCACCACCAGCACCUAAAAAUACCUAUAUCCCACCUGCACCACCAGCCCCACCAGCGCCAGUGGCUCCAGUUCAUGAGGCCGUGCACUCGCACCCAAUUGCUCCUCCUCCACCACCACCACCACCAGCACCCAAAAAUACCUACAUCCCACCUGCACCACCAGCGCCACCAGCUCCAGUAGCUCCAGUUCAUGAAGCCGUGCACUCGCACCCAAUUGCUCCUCCUCCACCACCACCAGCUCCACAAAACACUUACAUUCCUCCAGCAGCCGCUCCAGCUCCAGCUCCAGAGCCAUCCGCCACCCUUGAGGCUGACGGUUACCACUACAAGACUGUCCGUCGCGUAGUCUACAGACACCGUUUCUAAGCUGCCAUCCCUUUCCAAUAACUUUUCCCUGUGGGAAGUGUACCUGAGUUUGUUCUGAAUCUAAAUCUAAAUAAAAGUUGUUAAUCUGUCAUAUAUAAAA